GAACCUUGACAACCACCAUUUCUUUUAAUCACCCCAUACAUCCACUCUCUUGGUCUUUCUCCUGCUACCACAUAGAUUUUACAUAAAUUAACCGCCUGCAACAAAGAUCAACCCCCCAAAACAUGGUUCAAACAAAUACAACAGGCAACCCGCUCAGCGCGGGUUCGCUCGCGUUGUUCAUGGCCACUUCGCUACCUAAAAGCGAGGCAUCACAGCUCAAGAACGGAACAGAGGCCGUCGCACUGGCAGUCCACGCUGGCAUGCUUGCCGUCGGUUUCCGUCUCAUUGGACUAGGCGAAGACGAGCGCAUAGAAGCGCAUGCAGACGCCGAAGACCCAAAAGAACUACCUGCACAAUGGAACGCUUCCUCCUCGUACGCAUUUCGAUAUGCACACGCACAGUCAGCCAUGGAGUUUCUCGUCAAGGUCAACAGAUUAGGAGGCAAGGCCGUUAUCUUCGCCCUGGCCGUGGGCGACGACAAGACGACACAUUUCGAGCUCACCACAAAGGACUACCUCUCCGAAUCACAACUACCCUUCAGCGUUCCUGAAGGAACUUCAAUAGAGGAUGCAUCACGAAAAUUGCAAGAUCUCUUCAUCUCACCCGGCCGGCUGAACGAUCUUGGCUCGCUGCUCAAAAUCUCUGUGAUCCAGAAGCUGGCGCCACGUUUGAACAAGCCCGGCUAUGAGGAAAGCACAAUGGAUCAGGAACGCACACCCACAGCAGAUCGACAGGAUCCCCAACGAAGUGAUCCUCCUAAUCCACGGCAGCCGCCAGCUGAUCCUGACCCCGCGCGACCCCACCCAUUCAAUGAUCCCCUUGCCGCUCCACAACGGUCAGGCCGACAUGUGCCUGAACCCAUACCCGGCUUUGACGAUGAACUGGACUUGAACCGGCAGCCAGGCCGUCUUCAAGAUAAUCGGAAUCCCAUUAAUAUUGGUCAUGACGACUUGUACCCACAGGGACUCGGGCCCAACGAUCCUCUACGACCACAUCUAGCUGGUGGUCUACCAAGACCAGGUGGUUUCGGUGGCGGCGGCAUGCACCCUACGUUCGACGAUCCGCUAUUUCGUGGUCAAGGGGGACAAGGCGGCUACGAUCCAAUGGCUCCUCCGGGCGCGCGAUACGAUACGUUUGGGCCUGGAGAUCCGAGAGCAGAGGAUAGAGGACGAGUCCCCCGCUUUCCCGGUGGAGGAGGUGGUGGUGGUUUCGGCGGACCUGGAGGUUUCGGCGGCCGCCCACCAAAUCCGUUUGGAGGCUUUGGGGACGGCGAUUUCAUCUAAGCAGGCCAAUGUUAGCAGAAUCUCAAAGAAAUCGAUAGGAUGAUGGAUGUUAAUGAUGCGAGGAAAAGUCUGCGAGUGAUGAAUCUUAUGACGGCAUUUGGUCAGUACGGCUGAUGACGCGCGUGCGGCACGGUUGGAGCUGCAGUGCCCUUGACAUGACAAUCUACAUUGGCCGAGGCACCACGUUGGCAGAUUAACCCAGCCUAUGUAGCAGUAUUGUACUACAAUAAAUCUCAUCUCCUGAUGCGUAUGUAAUUGCAUGCAGGCUCUGU